GGGAGUGAGAUUUUCAAAACCCUUGUGUAAGGCAGGCGAGUCAAGUGGCACGGUUUAUUAAAAUAAUAAAUAAAAUGGUACAAAUUACUGAACAAGACAAAGGAGAAGCCUUGCAUACACCAAAUUGGCUAAAUAAAGAACUUUUUCAUGAUAUCCUGCUCAAAAACGAGCCCAACUAUGCUAAAGUAGUCAAUUUGACUUCCGAGAUGGCGAUUCCACCUGGAGAAAAUUUUCUCUCGGUGAUGUUACGUGUAUACGUCGAUCUAGACUUGAAAGAUGGUUCCAGGCAACAAAAUGUAUAUGUUGUUAAAACUAUGCUGGAUGACGAAAACGGCGGUGAGGAUGUUAAGAAAUUGAACGUUUUUCCGAAAGAACUGGAUAUGUAUAGGAAAUACAUACCCGCCUUUGAAGCAAUGUACAAGGCUAGAGGUUGGAAUGUGCAUUUAGCACCCAGCUGUCUACAUAUACACCGAAAUGGAGAUCAAAUCAAUUUUAUCUUUGAAGACCUAAAGAUGCGGGGUUUCGAAAAUAUUGAUCGUAGGCAAGGUUGCAAUAUGAACGAGAUGACAGAGUACAGUGCGGCUUCAGCGGUUUAUGCCGAACAAGUCGAACCUUAUCCUGAGAAGUUUAAAUACGGGUUUGUGCACAAAACUGAUGGCUAUAAAGUUCAGAAAGAACUAUACAACAAUCGAGUUAAUGCUUACAAAAAGGCUCUUACUCUUUGGGGUCUAGAGAACGCUGAUAAAUAUGUGGCAGCUUUUCCAACAUUUGAUCAGUAUUGGAAGUGCAUCGAAAGUAACCUCAAUACUGACGGCAACAUAUUUAAUGUGCUAAACCAUGGCGAUUUAUGGAGCACCAACAUCAUGACCACACACAAUCCGAACGGUUUGGUUGAUGAAGUGCUUCUUAUAGAUUUCCAGCUGUGUAAAUGGGGCAGCCCUGCGGAGGACUUACACUUUAUUAUCACCACUUCGACUCAGAAGGACAUUCGAAUCAAGGAAUAUGACCACUUUGUAGCCAUUUAUCAUGAACACCUGAUUCGGUGCCUGAAGUUUUUGGGUUAUAAGAAACCAAUACCGAAAUUGCGUGAAUUGCAAAUGGAUAUGUUUAACGAGACGAACACAUUUCCUGUUUUCUACUCACUUUUCAACCACUUAAUGGUCAUAUUAUUGCCUGCGGAAAAGGAUAGCAACUUCGCUGUAUUAAUGGGCAGCACAGAGGAAUCGCAUAAAUUUCGUAUGCGGGCGCUUCAGAAUCCCUCAGUUGCGGAUAUCAUGCGUGACUUUUGGCCCUUCUUUUACCGCCGAGGAGUUUUGCGUUUUGAAGAUUUUGACAAACAAAAUGACACGAAGGAGCCCCUAACACGCCUACUGACCACCAAUACACAAACAUACACAUACACAUAUUUCAACGCAACGCAGGCGUUUAGACGGGAAAUGCCGGAUAAUAGUACUAAAUUCAAUCCCAGUAUACAAUUGGACAUACCGAAAUGGAUAAAUGCGAAAUAUUUUGAAAGGAUUUUGCAUAAAGAAAAUGUAAAUUUCCACAAAAUAUUAAAAUUGACACCGAUACCGGCAACACCACCCGGCGAGAACUAUACCUCAAUCAUGAUGCGUAUUAUAAUGGAUAUAGAAUUGAAAGAUGGAUACACGCAGCAGAAAUCGUAUAUUGUGAAAACAAUGUUGGAUGACGACAAGGGCGGGACACUUAUCAAUGCACUCAACCUGUUCCCCAAAGAAAAGCUUAUGUAUGAACGUAUUCUGCCACAGCUGGAACAAAUUUACCACGAACUCGGCAAGAAAGUCCGAUUUGCGCCCCAAUGCCAUUGGAUUGAGGAAAAGUCGAGCCGCAUCACCAUAGUAUUGGAGGAUUUAAAUACAAAGAAGUUUCGCAACAUUAACAGACUUAAAGGCUUUGACAUGCCACACAUGAAACGUGUUUUAGAGAAGCUUGCCGAGUUUCAUGCGGCGAGCGUCAUGUGGCAUGAAAAGUAUGGUGCAUUUCCGGAUGAGUUCCAGCGGUACUAUCUACCUGCAAAUUAUCAAAAAUCGAAAUCUUAUCAAACCCGUGUGCAAAGCUACAAAACAGCCAUGGCGACGUGGGGUUUGGAAGAUUGUGAGAAAUAUAUAGAACGUAUUCCAAAUGCUGAGCAAUUUGUGAAUGCCGCAAUGGGAUGUUUCAACUCAGAUCCCAAUGAGUUCAAGGUACUUAAUCAUGGCGACUUUUGGUCGAGUAAUAUCAUGUUGAAUUAUACGUCCAGCGGCGAUGUGAAUCAAAUACGCUUUGUGGACUUCCAAUUGUGUAAAUGGGGUAGUCCGGCGCAGGAUCUGUGGGAACUGAUCAUUUGCUCGGUGGUGAGUAAUCUGCGAAUUUGCGAAUUCGAUCAUUUCAUACGAGUUUACCACACGCACCUGCUCAAAUGUUUGAAAAUAUUGAAUUAUAUGAAGCCCUUGCCGAAGUUGUACGAAUUACAUACCAGCAUGUUGAAGUAUGGCUACUGGGGAUAUAGCACUACAUUCACACAUUUGGUUUUGAUACUACUACCUUCGGAUAAGGACGCCAGUCUGUUGAAGCUGAUACAGCCCGGUGAGGAGGGUGACAAGUUUCGACAUAAAGCCUACACAAAUCCGCUUUACGUGCGCGCUGUGUUGGAUAUACUGCCCUUUCUUCAAAGGCGUGGCAUUUUGGACUUUCAAUAAUUUCCCAAGAAAAUAGUCUCCUUAACAAAUAAAAACGAAUACUUAAAUUUUUUUAUAAAAAAUAAACGAAGAAUUGUUCGAUGGUUUAAGCGCCCUGCAAAA